CGCACUUUGUAAUCGAAUCCGUUUGACAUGUAAAAUGGGCGUUCGGAGCUCCGCGUCCAUCCCACAGCUUACACUGAUUCGCAGCACAACCGGAUAAAGACACACGGAUCUAGAAGCGUUCAAAGCAGCGGAUCGGCAUCUUCGAGCCUCGAUUUCUGUUUCUGUGUGAGGGAUUUUUGCAGCGUGUUGGUGUCGUGUGUUGUUUGGGGGUUGAUCGUUUCCCUGGCAGCUGGAUUGUCCUCCAAAAAAAUAAUAAUCACACACACACACACCGCGAUCUGGAUUGUUUGCUUUGUCAGAAAGCCUUUGUAAUUGUAUUUGCUUGCAGUCGUGGCCAGCUCUCUGUAUGAUCCUGCUGGUUUGGACAAGCAAAGCUAGCUUAGCUGAAGUUCCUGGUCCAGGCUAGCUGUGUAGCCGUGCUGUAGCUAGCUAGUUUGUGCACGCGCUGAUCGCAUUUUCAGAUCCUCUUUUUCUCCCCCCCCAAAAAACACGAUCAGAGGCAAAGCGUGAACAAUCCGGUUUAUUUUUCAACCCUUAUAAUCCAGAACCUAAAAACUACACACCUCAAACAAAGGAUUUGGGUUCGGUUUCACUUGGAGAAGAAAGAAACAACAAGAAAAACCUGACAUGAUGUUUCCACAAGCCAGACACUCGGCCUCGUCUCAAUCAGCACAACCGCUAAAGUUCACCACCUCGGACUCCUGCGACCGCAUUAAAGAUGAGUUUCAGUUUCUCCAAGCACAGUACCACAGCCUAAAGCUGGAAUGUGAUAAACUGGCCACGGAGAAAUCAGAGAUGCAGCGUCACUACAUCAUGUACUACGAGAUGUCUUAUGGGCUCAACAUCGAAAUGCACAAACAGGCCGAGAUCGUAAAGCGGCUGAAUGCCAUCUGCGCGCAGGUGCUGCCCUACCUGUCCCAAGAGCAUCAACAGCAGGUCUUGGGAGCGAUUGAAAGAGCCAAGCAGGUCACUCCACCAGAGAUGAACUCGAUCAUUCGGCAGCAGCUCCAGGCCCACCAGCUCUCUCAACUGCAGGGUUUGGCUCUUCCUAUGGCUCCACUGCCCCUGGGUUUGACCCCUCCGUCCCUGCCUUCAUCCUCCUCCUCCUCCACUGCUCCGGGUCUCUUCUCUCUCUCCAGCAUCCUGGCAUCGCACGCUCACCUUGCCAAAGAAGAGAAGAACGCCCGCGAAGCUGCGAACAACGCCGACACUCACCGUGACGACGACGGAGACAAAUCCGACUAAAGUCCACUUGAAACGCUUCUCUCACCGAGGCCAAGAAAGCACAGAGAGACAAUGAAAAGAGCACAGCAUUGAUGUUGUUUUUUCCAUCUUCAUUUAUUUUUCACAUCCCUUUUCCUCAGAGCCUUUUGCUUUUUUCAAUAUGCAUGCCUUUAGAAUAAACAAUUUGUUCGUAGUUGCGUUACAA